GACAGCGCGCGAGCCCGGGAUCUACGUGGGCGCGCGGGCGGCGCCUGGGCGCCAGGGCUCUGGGGCCGAGAGGGCUACGCGUUUCCUCGCUGGCCCAGCCACUGGCCGGGCUGGGAUGGCGCCUCCUCAGUCUUUGCCCAAGUUGCUUCUCCUGGCAGCCCUAGCGGGAUUCCUGGGUCCCAGCGAGGUGGUGGCUGAGACGGUGGAGGAGGCGGGAGCCCAUUGUCCCGAGGGCUUGUGGCCUCUGCCCCCACAGGUGUUACCAAGAGUGACCUACACACAGGUGAGACCAGGGCAGGCUGAGGAUGUCACCUUCCUCUACCACCCCUGUGCCCACCCUUGGCUGAAGCUCCAGCUUGUCCUCCUUGCCCACAUUUGUGUGGCUAAGCCCUCACUUGCUCCUGACUCCAGCCUCACUCGGGAUCGGCCCCUGGUGCUGACAGUAUGGGGGAUGGCACUGGAGAUGGCAUGGGUAGAACCAGCCUGGGUUGCCCACUGGCUAAAGAGGCGACGGCGGAGGAAGCAGAGGAAAAAUGUAUGUUUCCACUCUGACAACCUUCCUGGGCCUUCUCCUUUGGUGACAACCCCCAGCACAGCAAGGCUAUGCAGGAGAGGGUGUGUGCAGGCCCCAGCUUUGGCCUUUGCUCUGCGGAGUUGGCGGCCUCCUGGUACAGAGGUGACAUCUAGAGGCCCAAGAUGGCCUUCUUUGAGUAGUGCCAAGAGGCGGGGGCUGCGUGCUGUCCUUGGUCUUCAGCCCACUCCUUCUGGCCUGAGGAUUCCCUUUGCUUCUACAUGGAGCUUAAAGGCCCAGCAGCCCAUUUUAGGAAACACAGGUGAGGGGAGUAAUGCUCUUUCUGUGUCCCCUGUCUCCUUGCUGCCUGGACAGCCUGGACAGCCUGGAAGCAAUGCCAGCUCCAGGACGGAUGCUCAGAUACCCAAUAGGCAAGGCAGCUCAGGAGGCUGUGCCUGCCCGAAUCAGGCUUCCCCAGCCCCUCGGGCAGCAGGGCCUCCCCGGGCAGCCCGGGGCCCCACCCCACGCACCGAGGAGGCUGCCUGGGCUGCCAUGGCCCUGACUUUCCUGCUAGUGCUGCUCACCCUAGCCACACUCUGCACACGGCUGCACCGAAACUUCCGCCGGGGCGAGAGCAUCUACUGGGGGCCCACAUCGGACAGCCAGGACACUGUGGCUGCUGUGCUGAAGCGGAGACUGCUGAUGCCCGCGCGCAGGGUUAAGCGCUCUCGUCGAAGACCCCUGCUCCCGCCCACGCCGGACAGCGGCCCAGAUGGGGACAGCUCUGACUAACUUGUCCCAGUGCUUUGGCUGUGGCCUGUGGGCUCCUCCUCCUGCUGGGCGGCUCCUACCUCUGCCACGUGGGCCAAGUGCAGGGCCGCCCCCUGGCGGCAAACAGAGCGACCCUGCCUAUUCAUUGCAGAGGCUUCGCUUCCUUGAGGGGUUGUGGGGAGCAGGGUGGCCAAGGGAAGAGCCAUUUCUGCUCCAUGGCCUAAACUCCGUUUCUAAUUAAAUUAUUUUGUUAGAA